AUGGCAGACGAUGGCAUGUUCCUCAACUUCACCGUUGGGGAGCCCGUCAGUGCACAGGCCCAGAAGUUCACUGGGGGUUCAUGGCGACACCGUUUAAAAGUGAAAAGAUGGGCUCAACGAGGAGGCGGGCCUCGAGACUCGAACGAUCCGAACAAAGUACCGUUACAUCCUCGACGACAGACGAAGGAGCAGGCCGAAGACUUUGGGGACUCAAGACCUACAAAGAGAAGGCGUGACAAUGACUAUACUCCUGGCGCAGCCCAGGGUGUGGGCAACGUCCAGAAAUCUUACGACCCGAGACAUUCGAAAGGUCCGCGCGAGGUUAUCUCGUCCCUGUUCAGCUACAACCCGAAGUCGGUCUCAGCCACAGGAAAGGAGCAAGAAAAAGUCACCGAGGAGGAACCUACGGUGCCGUCCAACGCGCCCCUCGUCGAUGGCAUAGACACUUUUACCUCACUCGGCCUGUCUCCCACAGUGGCUGCGCACCUCUUGACCAAGAUGAACCUCAAAAACCCAACUGCCAUUCAGAAGGCAGCAAUUUCACAGAUGGUAAAAGAAGACAGCGAUGCAUUUAUACAAUCAGAGACUGGUUCUGGAAAGACCCUCGCAUAUCUUUUGCCAAUUGUCCAACGGAUCAUUACUAUGGCUGAAUCGCAAAAGGGAGCCGGCCAUGCUUCCCAGGACCCGUCGGUGCACCGAGACUCAGGCCUCUUUGCCAUCAUCCUCGCACCGACGCGAGAGUUGUGCAAGCAGAUCUCGGUCGUUCUCGAACGUCUACUCGGCUGUGCUCACUACAUUGUGGCCGGCACAGUAAUAGGCGGUGAGAAGAAGAAGUCCGAGAAGGCAAGAUUGCGCAAAGGCUUGAACAUUUUGGUCGCCACUCCCGGCCGACUGGUUGAUCAUCUUGACAAUACCAAGGUUCUUGAUGUCAGCACGGUCCGCUGGCUUGUUCUUGACGAGGGUGAUCGGCUUAUGGAUCUUGGUUUUGAGGAAGACAUCACCAAGAUCGUCAAGACGCUCGACGAGAGGAAGCGCACUUCAAGCAGACUCGGCUUGCCAUCUCAGCGCACCACGGUUCUCUGUUCUGCGACUCUGAAAAUGAACGUCCAAAAGCUUGGCGAGAUAAGUCUGAAAGACGCCGUGUUGAUAAAGGGCGAGUCAACUGACGACGACCCUGACCGUGAAGAUGAGGGUACCGGGUCAGCUUUCCUGGCCCCAGCACAGCUUAAACAGUCUUAUCUUGUCACAGCUGCAAAGUUACGACUCGUCACGCUGACAGCUCUGCUCAAACGGACUUUUGCACGCAAAGGCUCGGUCAUGAAAGCCAUUAUCUUUGUCUCUUGUGCCGACUCGGUCGAGUUUCAUUACAAGGUCUUAACACGUUCCUCGAGUGAGAACUCGUCAACGACGGACAACGCUACUUCCACGACCACAUCAAAACCACCGACUCCUCCAGCUUCAACCUCCUCUGACUCCGACUCGGACGGCGACUCCGAUACCGAGACGAAACCCAAGAAGAACAAAACUCGUUCCACGAAGCAAACCCCCAAACUUCCCACAAUCGACCCAAGUGCAGAUGCAAUCUCUCCUUCACCCAUUCUUUCCACCCCAGCCAAUCCAAUAACCGUCUACAAACUCCACGGCUCCCUGCCGCAGGCCACCCGGACAGCCAUCGUCCGGCACUUCGGCUCCACCACUGCUCCGUCUCUGCUCAUCGCUACGGACGUUGCAUCUCGUGGUCUUGAUUUGCCCAACCUUGACCUGGUGAUCGAGUAUGAUCCGGCGUUCAGUUCGGACGAUCACUUGCACCGCAUAGGACGAACGGCACGUCUCGGUCGAGAUGGCCGUGCUGUCGUGUUCCUUCUCCCGGGAAAGGAGGAAGGAUACGUCGACAUUCUGCACAAGUCGUACAAGCCUUCGUCCGAUGCCGACACGAGCCGAAACGUCACGCACCAAGCAGCGGAGGAUGUGUUGAAGAAGGGUUUCAGCCCUUUAUCGGGGAUCCUGCCGACGAAGAAAGCCAGCCAGACUUCCUCUUCCUCAACAGGUAAAGACGCACAGAGCACGGCGGCAGCAGGGAACUGGGACACCAUCGCCACAAAUUUCCAACUCGAAGUGGAGCGCUGGAUACUCUCGGCCCAACAUAACAAGGAUCUCGCGAAACGAGCGUUUCAAUCACACAUUCGCGCCUAUGCGACCCACGUCGCGGCAGAGAGGAAGUACUUUGACAUUAAAGAGUUGCACCUGGGUCACCUAGCGAAGGCGUUUGGGCUGCGCGAUCCGCCUGGACGAGUCAACGUCGUGGGUCAGCGUGGUGGUGCGCAGUCGAAGAAACGAGGACGGCCCUCGGAGACCGGUGGACCCUCAAGCGGUGACGGGGAUAACGAUGGAAGGAGGAAGCAGAAGGCAGCCGACAUCGACGAGGUGGACGAUACUGACGAUGCGGCAAGAAAGAUGCGUGAGAAGAUCCGGAAGAACAGGGCGCUCAUGAUGGGCAAGGGUGCCGACGAGUUCAAUAUUGCCUAA